AAAAUAGAUUAGAGGGAGUCAAAGUGGAGCCUUCAUUCAGUUUGUAUAAAUAAAGUUUCAAGUAAAGACAAUGCUCAACAAACCAAUAUUGCAAAAAGGGAACAGCUGACCCGCCAAGAGGAGACACUGAUUUUUGCUCGUGAUUUUUCUUACAAUGAAAGACAGUGAUUGGAUUUUGUAUAUGUUCGGUUUGAAAGGGAAAGAACAUGAUCGUAAGAAGAAGAUACAGAAUCAAAGAUCUGAUGUAGAAAAUGAAGGCAAAUCCGGAAAGGAUCAAGACGGCUCUUUUGAGGAGACAGUAUUGGCUAAAGAACAGCCAAAAGACACCGAUGAAGAAACUGCUACACCUGGAGCAACUAAAGAUAUCACUGAGAAUGCAGGGAAAGGUGUAUUUUCUGGAUCUAAAAAAGUUCAUGAAUCAACUGAUGAACCUGCUAACGAAGAUGUGGGGACCUCUUGUCAACUAAAUGAUUGUGCGCAAAGCCCAUCAGAUGCAAAACGGCAGAGGCUUGCCAAUGAAGAUGUCGGGACUUCUCCUCAACAAAAUGAUGUUGCACAAGCAAAACGGCAGAAGAUGGAGUGAUGCCUUUGUUGUGGGAUAUGAGCUGGUGACAAGAUGUUACUACCAACUAGUAUUUAGACAAUUUCAUUUUUCUUCAGCUUUGAGAACUUCGUAGUUGGUUUCUUAUAUGUUUCUAUGACAAUCUUUUAAUGGAUAUUUCCUUAAGAACUUGUGGUGGUGAAUUUUUUUAA